AUGAUAGCCGAAGUCCGAAUAUGCGUCUGUGGCGACGAAGCCACCGGCAAAUCUAGCCUUAUCAUGUCAUUAUGGAAAGACGAAGCUAUACCGACGUUCUCCGGCACCGUUCUUCCUAUGGUUACGAUGUCGCUUGGCAUAGAUGCACCGAUAUCGACGACUAUAGUUGAUACAUCUCCUUUGCCGCAAGAUCGGAAUACUCUGAAAAGAGAAAUUAGAAAAGCAAAUGUGAUAUUACUGGUUUAUUCGGAUCAUUAUAGCUGUGAACGAAUAACUCUAUUUUGGCUUCCGUUCCUGAGAAGCUUGGGAGUUAAUUUACCAGUGGUCUUAUGCGCCAACAAGAGUGACCUGCGGCCCGACGUUGAUGUAGCGCAGGUAGUUGAAGAAGAAAUGAUGCCCAUAAUGCAAGAGUUCAAAGAAAUAGAUUCUUGUAUAAGAGCAAGUGCAAAAGAACAUAGGAAUGUCGACGAGGUAUUCUAUCUAUGUCAAAGGGCUGUCACACAUCCCAUAGCCCCUCUUUAUGAUUCUAAAGAACAGAAUCUAAAACCGGCGGCAGUCGAAGCCCUCCGUCGUAUAUUCUUCCUCUGCGACAAAGACCAAGACGGCGUCCUAAACGACCUCGAAAUCGCCAAAUUCCAAAAACGUUGCUUCAACAAAUCCCUCUCAGAACCCGAACUCGAAGAAAUAAAACACACUCUCCACAAAAUCUCCACAGACUGCGUAACCCCAUCGGGUAUCACCGAAAAGGGCUUCAUCCUCCUAAACCGUCUUUACGCCGAAAAGGGUAGACACGAAACAACAUGGGCAAUCCUCCGCACCUUUCAUUACACAGAUAGUCUUUCCUUAAAAGAAACUUUCCUCCACCCAAAAUUCGACGUCCCCCCUUUCUCCUCCGCAGAACUCUCCCCCGCCGGCUACCGUUUCUUCGUCGACCUCUUCCUCCUCUUCGACAAAGACAACGACGGCGGUCUAAACCAAACAGAACUCUCCUCCCUCUUCCGCCCAACCCCCGGCCUCCCCCCACCAUGGCAAACCACAAACUUCCCAUCAUCAACAGUCUGCACCGAAGGCGGCCACAUAACCCUCCAAGGCUGGCUAGCACAAUGGAGCAUGACAACCUUCGAAGAUCCCAAAACAACAUUAGCAUACCUAGCCUACCUCGGUUUCGAAUCCACAACCUCCUCAUCCUCCUCACCGACAACCACAGCAGCCCUCAAAAUCACAAAACCGAGAAAACGUAGAAGAAGAAUGCAUAAAGUCGAACGCUCGGUCGUACACGCAUACGUAAUCGGCUCCCCAUCAUCAGGGAAAUCCUCACUACUAGACGCCCUUUUAAACCGUCCGUUCAACCCAACUUACCAUCCAACGAUAAAACCCUUAACAGCAGUAAACUCCGUCGAACUCCCCAUGGGGAAACAAGUCUACCUAAUCCUCUCCGAACUAGGAGAACUAGAACCCGCCAUUCUUGAAAACCAUCAGAAGCUAAACAACUGCGAUGUAAUAGUCUACACCUACGACUCCUCAGAUCCAGAUAGUUUUGAUUACAUAAUCUCUCUCCGAAAAAACCACCCACAACUAGACGACCUACCUUGCGUGUACGUCGCUCUAAAAGCAGAUUUGGAUAAAACCACCCAGAGGUGUCCAAUACAACCAGAUCAGUAUACAGAAGAAAUGGGAAUGCCCCCGCCAAUACAUGUUUCAGUACGAUGGAGUAGUGUGGCAGAGUUAUUCGUACAAAUUGCCGAGGCGGCGUUGAGUCCGCUAGGGAAUUUCCCAAGGACCGAACCUGAACCAGUGGAUAGGAGUAGUUUGUAUUUGGCUGCCGGUGUGACAGUUUGUACGGCUUGUGCGUUUUUGUAUAUCUGGAGGAAAGCGAGUCCGGCGACCUUUGGGGUCGGAUUGUUGAAGCCGCCGGUUUGGAUGGGUGCAUGGGGUAGUGGAUCUUGA